AUGGAGUUUGGAGAUGAUAAGAUGCUUUACCUGAGAGACACAUGGAAAGAAUCAAACAUGAUCUGCGACGUUACGCCUCUAAACCCUAGCUCUAAUGGCAUUUGGCCUGCUCCUAACUUCACAGAUCCUAACAUAAACGUUCAUUUCUGGGACCAUGCGUUUCCUCACAUACAGUUGAUAUUUCUCGUCAUUUCUUUCCUAUGGCAGUUCUUGCACUUCUUUCUCCGGCGUCUUGGCAUGAUACGUUUCACGUCCCAUAUGCUUACUGGUGUUCUCUUAAGCAAGUCUUUUAUAAAUGAGAACACAGCUGCGAGGAGAUUCUUCGCUACAGAGGAUUACAAAGAGAUUGUGUUUAGUCUUAUUUCUGCUUGCUCUUACAUGAUGUUCUGGUUCUUGAUGGGAGUUAAAAUGGACAUGGGUUUGAUCCGAACCACGGGGAGGAAAGCUAUAACCAUUGGUCUCUCCUCCGUGUUACUCUCUAUUUUGGUUUGUUCAGUUAUCUUUUUCGGAAACUUGAAAGACGUGGGAAACAAGAGAUCGGAUAGUAAGCUCGGCUCUUUAGAAGCCGUCGUGGUUUACUCAAUACAAUGCCUUUCAUCUUUCCCUGUCGUUGGAAACCUUCUCUUUGAGCUCAGGCUACAGAACUCAGAGCUAGGUCGUCUCGCCAUCUCUUCUGCUGUCAUCAGCGACUUCAGCACCUCGGUUCUCGCUUCAUCUCUCAUCUUCAUGAAGGAGCUCAAGGACGAGCAAACACGGCUUGGGAGUUUGUUUAUAGGAGAUGUCAUCGCUGGGAACCGUCCUUUGAUGCGAGCAGCGGUAGCUGUUCUGUUCGUUUGUAUUGCCCUCUAUGUUUUCAGACCGUUGAUGUUCUACAUUAUUAAAAAAACACCUUCUGGUCGGCCCGUCAAGCCAAUCUACCUAGCUACAAUCAUCGUUAUGGUAUCCGGAUCAGCCAUACUUGCCAACUGGUGCAAACAAUCUAUUUUCAUGGGACCUUUCAUAUUAGGUCUAGCUGUUCCACAUGGCCCUCCUCUAGGCUCAGCGAUCAUUCAGAAGUUCGAGUCAGCAAUAUUCGGCACGUUUCUUCCGUUCUUCGUGGCCUCAUCUUCAAGUGAGAUAGAUAUUUGGGCUUUACUUGAUUGGAAUUCACUCAAUGGCAUUAUAUACAUCAUGGUAACAUCUUUCGUCGUCAAGUUUAUCUUGACCACUCUUCCUGCUUUGUUCUAUGGUAUGCCAAUGGAAGAUUGCUUCGCUAUAUCUCUAAUCAUGUCUUUCAAAGGAAUCUUCGAGCUCGGUGCCUACGCCUUGGCCUUCCAAAGAGGGUCUGUCCGUCCUGAGACCUUCACCGUCGCAUGUCUUUACAUAAUGUUUAACUCCGCAGUCAUACCUCCGAUCUUGAGGUACUUAUACGACCCAUCGAGGAUGUACGCAGGGUACGAGAAGCGGAACGUGCAGCACCUGAAACCAAACUCUGAGCUGAGGAUCUUGUCUUGCAUUUACAGAACAGAUGACAUAAGCCCAAUGAUCAACCUCCUCGAAGCCAUUUGCCCAUCCCGGGAAUCUCCUGUAGCAGCCUACGUUCUCCACUUGUUGGAGCUCGUGGGGCAAGCCAACCCCAUCUUCAUCUCCCACAAGCUACAAACUUGCAAAACAGAAGAGACGUCUUUCUCAAACAACGUGGUUCUCUCCUUUGAAAAGUUCCACAAAGAUUUAUUUGGAUCGGUCUUCGUGAGCACCUUCACGGCCGUGUCUAUGCCCGAUACGAUGCAUGGAGACGUAUGCAUGCUUGCACUAAACAACACUACUUCUCUCAUACUACUUCCUUUUCACCAGACUUGGUCUGCUGACGGAUCCGCUCUCAUCUCGGACAGCAACAUGAUCAGGGAACUUAACAAGAGCGUUUUAGCUGUGGCUCCAUGUUCUGUCGGAAUCUUUGUCUAUAGAAGCAGCCACGGUCGGAGAAACAUCAAUGACACGGUUUUAAGCAUGUCAUCCUACAAAGUAUGUAUGGUAUUCGUUGGUGGUAAAGACGAUAGAGAAGCAGUGACACUUGCGACAAGAAUGGCACGUGACCCUAGGAUUAACCUGACCGUGGUCCGAAUGACUACUGCCGAUGAUAAAGCAAGAGACUUCUCGGAGUGGGAUAAAAUGCUUGACGAUGAACAUCUUAGAGAGUUGAAGAGCAACGCAUCGAUAGAUGUCUUCUACACUGAAAAAGCGAUCUUAGACGCUACUGAGACACCAGGUGUGAUGAAAUCGUUGGCGAGUGAGUUCGAUAUGUUCGUGGUGGGAAGAGGGAAAGGGAGGAAGAGUGUGUAUACAGAUGGGCUUGAGGAGUGGAGUGAGUUUAAGGAGCUUGGUGUUAUUGGAGAUCUAUUGACUUCACAUGAUAUUAAUUCUCAGGCUUCUGUUUUGAUUAUACAGCAACAACAGCUUAUGAUCUAG